AGAGUUGGUUAGCGAAGCUAUUUUCCAGCGUCGCCCGUCGUUGACAGCUCGCUAGUUGUGUUUCGUGGUGCUGUGCAGCCCUUUACAGAUAAGUUGUUUCGUGCAAUGAAAAUGGCGAGCGAUAAUGAAUCCAAAGAUUCCGCAUCAACUGGCAAGAACGAAUCGCUUCAAGUUAAAAGGGAAGUUGAGACUGAGGAGCCCGCUGCCGUCGAAGAACAAGAGCCACAUAAACGUGGCGCGGACGAGGAUGACGGCGACGAUGAUGACGACGAUGAUGAUGACGACUUGAACGACAACUUUGGAAGUCGACGUAAUCACAGUUCAAAUGCCAUAGAACUCACUCGCAGGCGUAGCUUGGACGAGCACAGUCGCAAUUCUAAUGAAGAUUACGGGAUGGAGUCGCUGCAUCCCGGAGAAGACUUUCGACCUGUCUUAAACGAUGAUGGUGACAACUUCCUGGAAGUAGAAUGUGGUGAAAACAAAGCUCUACUCUAUUUGAAUAAAUUGUGUCAAGGAAGCAAAGGACAGUGCAUAUAUUUCAAGGAAUCCUGGUUAACACCAAAUGAAUUCCAGUACGUCAGUGGACGGGAAACUGCCAAGGAUUGGAAGCGGAGUAUCCGUCAUCGAGGAAAAUGUUUGAAAACAUUGAUGAACCGUGGAUUAAUUCAGACACACCCACCAAUUUGUGAUUGUGCCGCUUGUAGAGUAAGCACUCCAGUAAAUCGUGGCCGUCUUGCUGAAAAACGUACAAGCAUUAUGCCGACUAUGGUUCUCGGCAGGCGACUUGGUCAUGGUGACUAUGGUGAUCCGAAGCAGGGUAUUUCAAUUACGAGAGAAGUUAGUUCGCCAUCAUGCUCAAAUCAGAUGAGGAAAAGUGUUGAUGGUACUAACGCCUUGUCGGCAAUUAUUUCACAUUUACACCAAACCAGUGGAUCUCACAAUGGCAAUGGUAGAGCAUCACCAAAUGAACCUGAUUAUAGCCGAAAACGAUUCAACUCUGACAACACUCAUUCUAGCAGUGGUGGCGGUAUGGCAGAGAAGAGAAGGAGGAGUACAUCGCCAUUAACUGAACAUGCAAAACGAUCAUUCCAAGGUAACCCAGCAUCACCAAAUGGUUCUGAUCGGUUAUCUCCAAUAGAGUCUUCGUUGCUAAACAAACAGUUACACAAAUCACGAAAGCAGAGUAUGCCACAACACCAUGAUCCAACUGCUGAGGGAGGAAGAGCACCAACUAUCACAUUGACGUAUGGAGCAGGGCCAUCAUCGUCUAAAUCUGCAUUCCCAAUCAAUAGACAACAUGGCUACAAUGGCAGGUACGCCGAACUAUCACGCAUGUCACAUGAUAAAGGUCACAGAAAUCCCAAUAUGUACAUUGAAUUGAAAAGUCGCCAUGAUAUGCCAGCACAUCGUCCUGCAUCACACAACCAUACAGCUCGGCCUUCAAGCACAGAUACAAGUGUCAACGCUACUCCUAUUGAUGCCGUAUCUAACUGGAAUGUAGACGACGUAGUCCAGUUUGUUUCCUCAUUAAAUGGAUGCGCUGAAUAUGCACAGAUUUUCCGGGAUCAAGCCAUUGAUGGAGAAACGUUGCCACUUCUAACUGAAGAACAUUUACUGAAUAACUUUGGACUCAAACUUGGACCAGCGCUGAAAAUUAGAUUGCAUGUUGCUCGGAGACAGGGUGUUUGCCUCUAUUGCCAUGGCAACAAAUAUUAUGAUGAGUACAAUCAACUGUAG